AUGGGUCUGUUGAAGCUGUUCAUCAAGGCGGUCCGCAAGUCGAAGACUAUCGCCGACGAGCGGGCGGCCAUCCAGAAGGAACUGGCAAAGAUCCGGACACUGUUCCGGGACCCGCAACUCGACACCUCCACCCGUCGCACCAACAUUGCCAAGCUCAUGUAUUUGUAUAUCUUGGGCGAAAAGACCCAUUUCGGUCAAGUGGAAUGUAUCAAGUUGUUGGCGUCGCAACUGUUUGCUGACAAGCGGUUGGGUUACCUUGCUACCAUGUUGAUUUUGGACGAGAACCAGGAAGUGUUGACCCUUUUGACCAACUCACUUGACAACGACAUGCAGCACCCCAAUGCCUACAUCGUGGGUCUCGCUCUUUGCUGCUUGGGUAACAUUGCCCUGCCAGAGUUGGCCCGGGACCUUCACGCCAACGUUGAGGCUAUUUUGGAGAAACUGACCAACGUCUACCUCAAAAAGAAGGCCGCCAUCGUCGCCGCGAAACUUAUAGAAAAGGAACCGGAACUCUGUGAAUAUUUCUUGCCUCGGGUAAGCUCACUCUUGUCUGAUAAACUGCCAGGGGUGUUGUUGGGGGGCCUUGUGCUUGUCCAAGCCAUCCACAAUCAUAGUGACGACGACGCUCACCGCCGGGAGCUUGCGGCGCAAUUCCCCAAGAUUGUUGGUCACCUUAAACGGGUGCUGGCACUGGGGUUCAUGCCUGAUUACGAUGUCAGCGGUGUUCCUGACCCUUUCCUUCAGGUGACGCUCUUACAAACAUUACGCGUCCUAGUCGUCAAUCAAACUCAAUAUAUGGAUGACAUCAACGAUUUGCUCACCCAGGUGGCGUCAACGUUGGAACUGCUGCUGAAGAACCUGGCCCACGCCGUGUUGUACGAAUGUGUCAAGACAAUUUUCGCCAUUGAUCUGGAUCCUGCACUCAAGAUAUUGGGGGUCAACUUAUUGGGUAAGUUUUUGGCCACUCGUGAUAACAAUUGCCGCUAUGUCGCUCUCGAUACCUUGCUCACCGUCAUCCAUACCGAACCCCAAGCCGUUCAGCGUCAUCGUCUGACUAUCGUCGGCUGUUUGAGCGAUGGCGAUAUCUCCAUUCGUCGUCGUGCCCUAGAACUUACGUUCGCCAUUCUCAACGAACAAAACAUACGGGUGUUGGCUCGGGAGAUCUUAGUAUUCUUGGAAGAAUGCACCGACUCCGAACUCUGUACUUACAUUACAUCACAACUUACCAUUGCCGCCGCAAAGUUUGCCCCCAAUGAGAAGUGGCACUUUGACACGCUCAUUCGCAUGCUCAAAUUGGCAGGAAACAAUGUCACCAGUGACAUUUUAUCACUGAUUUUGGCAUUGAUCUUGCAAUGCUCCGACGCGAAGCUCAAAGAAUAUGUGGUGGGAAAGAUUUGGGCUACAGCGGUUGCCGAUCCCAAACAAUAUGGUGUGGCAGUUGUGGCAUUAUGGACAAUCGGUGAAUAUGCUGACUUAGUGAUCGGUAAAACGGUUGGUAAGAGUGAAGAUGAGGACAAGACCAAGUCGGUAGUGGUUUCGGAAAAGCUGAUUGUUGACUUCUUCCAUACUAUCCUUACCAAUCUGACAUACUCAGAAACCGAGAAGACUCAGCUUGUUCUUUACAUCCUCACUGCCGUGAUUAAGUUGUCAGUCAAGUUCCGUGAUCUGGCUCAGGUGGAAGAGUUACGGAGAAUCCUCAACUCAAAGCAGCACGAUGUCAACUUUGAGAUACAACAGCGUGCUGUUGAGUACGAACAAGUGUUUGGCCAGCCAAUGAAUCUCAAGCAAGGGUUGUUGGCGAAGAUGCCUGCUCCUCCAGUGAAGACGCGUGAGGCUGUUUCGCUUAAUCAGACUGGACCUAAAAAGAAUCGCCAGCUGAUCGUGUCUCGUCCACUGGGCCCGACUACCACCGAAGAUCUCUUGCUUGAUUUAAUUGACCACGGAUCCACGCCCAACAACGCUCCUCAGGCAGUGCUGGCGGCACCUGUAACGCUGACGGACUUGUUAACGGACAUCUUCGGUUCGACAACCAUACUGCUGCCUCCUGUGCCUCCUAAGCCUGUUAACAAACCUGUGCCUGCUGCGCAUUCGAUUAAUAAUGAUGUUGCUGCAAUUCCCGCUUUCUCUAAUGAAACUCUUCAGGUAUCGUUUGUGCCGAGAAAGUUCGGUGGAGGUCAAGCUGACAUUGACGCAUUGGUACAACUAAAUCCUACCACUUUGGACUCGGUCGGCAAGGUACAACUUCUCAUUGCUGUGCCCAAAUCUCAAAAACUUGUAAUCUCCCUGACUCUGGGUGACAGGUUACCUAUGCGCCAAACGCUCAAGUUGACGGGUAAAGAGGGGUCCAACGUGAAGUUGCGAGUAAAAUUGAAGUACGAGGCUAAUGGAGCCCCUCGUGAAAACCAAUUUGACUUUGCUGGGUUUGGUAAGAAUUUGUAG